AAUGAGAGGGAGAAGCACUGACUUUGGAAAUUUAAUAUCACGGCAAUCAAUUUUGACCAUUUUACAUAGUAAUUGUAAAGAAGAAAAGCACUAACCCUCAUUUAAGUGUGAAUUCGAUGCAAAAAUGUAAAGUAAACAGGAUAUUUCAUUAAUUUCAAAACCGACAUAUGAAUAGAGCUGGGAGUUAAUGCGGUGGGUGCUACUGCGCUACCAAAGUUUUAUACCUUAUCAGUUUUUAUAGCAAACAUCCUGACAAUCCCUCUGAAAAUGACAAACCCAACGCAUGUCAGUUUCUCCUCUCUCAACGAUCCUUUCCACCCUCCAUAGCCACAAUUUUCCACCCCGUGCGCCCUUUCUCUCCAAUAUAGUGCAUUGUUUUCCUUUAUGCUACCCACCGCUUGGUAGCACACGCUCUCUUCUCUCCGGUAAACACCCUUGCUCGCUCUCCGAAGCGGUUCGAGAUUUGUUUGAAAACAACAAUGUUGCGAACGGGACCCGACCCGACGUCCCCGAGCGAAUACGGCACGGUGGUGUCUGGAUAGUCCUGUCGUCGUCGUCGUCGUCGUUAGGGAAUCCUCCGUCAGUCGUAGAGUGUCCUUCGCAAGGGAUAGUUCACGCGCGCGCGUUCUUUCCUUCUCUCUGUACAUCAUUAUAAAUUGUGCACCAACCAAAGGCUAACAUUACACAUCACAUCAGGCUUCGGGCAUCGCCGCCGCAUAUCGUGUGCGAGGUUUAACCGUGUAUAUUGUGGUGUGGCGUGGCACACAUGUGAAAAAGCCCCGACCACCGGGAUCGGCGACAGACAGAGACUAGCACCCCGAGACAGAGUUCCCGUUGAAAGUGGGUGGAAGUCGGAGUUUUCCUUUUCCCGUGUGCUGUGCCCUGUGCUCUAUGCUCUGGAAUUUCCUUUCCGUGUCGUCCUAAGGGAGAGCCUCUUUGGAAUUUUCCGAACUUCUUGAGGAAUACGCGGAAUCUAUCGCUUUUCGACCUUCCGAUCCAGCCUGCUUAUCAACCAUCAUCGUAUCUGCGGAAUCCCGGAAGGGUUGACAGUGACCCUUGCGGGACAGUCAGUGGAAAUUACUGCACACACCUCCCCAUUCCUUCCGCUGAUUGGAUAGUUUGGUCGGCUCUCGGUGUAAAAUUUUCGCGUCUCUCGUUCGGUCAGUGUGUGUGGAAGUAUGUGCUACGUUGUCUGAAGGUUAGACGAAAUCAGUGAGAUGCUGUGUAGUUAAAGGGGCAGUUACGAGCUUACCGACCUCUGCCCGCCACCCCGUGAGAGAGGAGACGGGUGUGUGGCGAGACUCCCCCGGGAGUUCUGUGAUUCACGUGCGACGAAAGCUCUGUCUGUGCGGAAGAUAGUGAAGUGAAGAGGAAAAUUCUCCUAUUCAUCGAUAGCCCCCGGAUGUAGGCAACUUUCCCAACUUUCCCCCUUCUUCUCAAGCUUCGCACCCAACAGCAGCAGAGCAGACAAGGAAAACUUCGGAAAAGUGAUUGAAAAGUGAAAAAUUGGGAUGAGCAAAAAAUACUUCGGAAUGAUGCAAACAAAAUUAGAUUAAAGGAAGAAAUAUUAAGAAGAAAGGAAUUUCCGGUCCACGGAUUCGCUUCGUCCUGUGUGGAUUUGGAAAAUCGCUGGCUGCCGCGAACAACGGAAGCUGAAGGUGGUGAAAGUUGUGUUUCUGAAUUUUCGCUCAGUACUACUGUGAAGCGGAAUCGGUCGUUCAAUCGUGCCAGUGUGUGCGUCUAUGCCAGUUUCUUCUUGGUGCUUUGAGAGUGUUGUUGUUCGGAGGAAAAUCGUGCCCGACGUCGUCGUCGCCUUCGACGAUGCCGCUACGGGUUUUGUAGCAAUCACCGAAAAAGGCGAAUUAAAUAACACUGCCGGGAAAUCCCAAAAAGAAAAGUGAAGUUUUUUUUUAUUCUUUGUUCAACGAAAAGCUGUGGUUGAUGGAAAAGUCAAUAGAAAGCGGAGAUACAGUAGCGGAAUUUUGAAUUGGGCAAGCCAGCCGAGUGUCUGGAGAUAAGAGGCCAACCGGUCUUCGUCGUUGUCGUCGGUCAGGCGGAAAACUAAAAGCAGCGGGCCUUCUUCUGGUAGUUAAUGGCAGUUGCUCCGGACGAGGCUUCCGGUGUUAUCAGCAGAGGAGAGGUCGCCGGGUGAUAAAAACCGGAACAGCCAACGACAACAACAAUUACUCAACUGUGAAUUCCGAAAAAGCACUCUGCAGAGGGCGACAUAAAUUAAGAGAGCACGACGAGAGGUUGCAACACAGGAUAUAAAGCAAAUAAAUAAUCAUCAUUAUUACCAUAAAACAUAAAACACCACGAGUCGGAAGACAGUGCUGCGAGGUUGCGAAAGGGUGAACCUGGUUGACACUCUGUAUAUGGGAUGAAUUGUGCCAAAGUGAUGGCGGUAGCGACUGCAAACAACAUAAAACGGCAUCCCUCAUUAAGUCAUCAAAAACUAGUGAAUAAUUUAGUGUAAAAGCACUUCGGGAAUGAAGUAAUAAAAAUUAAAGAGCAUUUAAUGAAAAUUUAAACCAAAGACCCCAACAGCGACCGAACCGAACCGCUCUAUUCCGGUCGGAAAAGUUUCCACUUCAUCCAACUCAUUCUGCAGCUUCUCCGAAGCAAACUAGGAGCGGAAACCAUCCUGCACCUUCCGUUGGUUGGUUGGCUUCGAACGUUGAACGUGUAUGUGCAAAAGUCAACACAGCAGAAAUUGGAGACAUCCUGUUCGACCCUCUCUCCACUUUCCUGCACUGAUUCCAUCCGAAACUAAUUCCCGUGUACAUGAGAUUAAAGUGUUUAUUCUGGAACGUCGACUAUAAACUCUAUCGUCAUCUAUCCUGCUUGCUUCUGCUUCGCCCUAACUCUGCAGCAGCUCUAGGACCCUUCUGCUUCACAGCGUCCUAUCCGCGUAACAAACGAUUUUUAAGGCUAAACUUUCAUCCUCUCCGAUCGCCCGAUAAGCCACCCAGCAGCGGCGGUAGUGGCAGCAGCACCGAGGAUCAUCAGCGUGGAACGAUACCAAUCAGUUCGGCUCAGUGUUGGUCGGGGCUAAGUGCUCAUAAAAUAAUUGCUGUGACUAUCCGGAUCCGGAUACGGAUCGAGAGAGUUUUAUCGUUAAACAAAGUGUGUGUGUGCUCUUCGGUGUCCGGAAGUUGUUGAACAACUGGGAAGUGUCGAAGUGAUUUAUGGCUAGCACCUUUUUUGUGGGCCAUUUCGGGCAGCAGUAUUGCGCACCAUUGAUGGAUUACACUUGUCGCCGUUAGGGAACGAAGGUGAUGACGUCAUGAUACCAUCGGCCGAUCGAAGAAUUAGGAUUAUAUUUUGUUGGAACCUUGUCUUAACAUGUUUAUUCAUAACUCAACACAUCCUGCCGGCGGCCACCGCAAACAGUGGCUCCGCAGAAGCAAGCCUCCGUUUGCUAGAUGACACCGAGCUUGACUUGCUGGACAUUGAGCACCAGCAUCAGCCGCGAAACGAUAGAACCACCUCCUCGUCCUUAACGUCCUUACCCGCGUCGCAGUCGCAACCCCGCGGAACGUCCUUCACCGCCAGCCACCGUGGCAACGCUAGGAUAAACAAUAAUCAUAAGAUAAAUUUAGUGUCUUAUACAGCGAAUCUAGAUAAUAUUUUGAACAGUCUCGAAGACGAUGAAGAUGAUCGGCGGUACGGGAUGGAUGACCGUCGAAUCGUCUCCGGUGCCAAACUGUACGAGCGGAAUCACGAGGCCAACGUGCAGCACGACGAGGCUGCCCAACCGGUGGUGCAUCACCGGUUGCUAGUUAAUCAAAUUGUCCAAAAGUACUACCCCAACCACCGUCGCCACAGGAGGUCGCUGCUGCUACGGAGAUCGACCCGAAGCACAGACUCCAGUGCAGCACCACUCAAACGCCCAGAAGUAGCUAUCACAUUAACCUCCUCCACACUGUCUCCCAGUUCUUCUUCUACACCACUUUCUCCACCGUCACCGUCGUCGUCGGUGUCACGGCAGGUGACACGGACCGAAUCUGUUGUACAUGAUCCUUCCAACCAGAGUAGUAGUAAUUACGAAACCAGUGAAUACGACAAACCAGAAAAGAAUGGGAAGAUGGCUGUGAAAAAUAUUAUUAGGAGUAAUAAUAGUGAACAUAAUUUCGUAAGAAACUUGACGCUCGCUAAUGCUGAGCAUUCAUCAUCCGACAAGAGCCGGGCCACCGCCAAGGGGACCACAAACGAGAGGGAAGGAAGCAUUGCAGCAGCUGUGUCUGCACUCGACCCGAAACGACAAGACGCCACACCGGAUGUAGAGCACCAGCAGGAAACCGAAUCGGCAUCCGUGGUGGGUGGUGGCAAGACUGCCUCCAACUCGAGCCCAGAAACUAAUACAUCAACCCAGAGAGCAGUUACAUCAACACAAACAUCGUCACCAACGUCAGCAGUGGAAGUGGCAUCACCGGAGUUGGAAUCCGUUGUGGAGCGAACAAUAACGCCACGGGAGGAACAUUUGCCGCAAAAUAGCUACAGUGCCAUUAAUGUCGACAGUUUCAAUUUGCUCGACGAUAGCGUUUAUGUCAGCAACAGUAGCAGCAGCAGCAGUAGAACGAUGACUUCAGCCAACCACGGCGGUAGCUCUUUCGCCACCCCCACUGCCAAGCACCAGCACGAGACCCUCAACACUAAUAACAUAUUUGCUAGUGAAAACUUUGAUGAGCAAAUUAUUUUCCUCAACGGUGGAGAUUUGCUCGAGGCGAGUCCGGAGCAGUACGACAUGCGACAGUUCGGCAAAGUGGAGCGGGACGUCAAGAUGGGUGACCUGCGGAACAGCGACCCGUUCCUGAACGAUGAACCGGUGGCGUUGGCACUGCGCCCGAUUAUCCGGGGACCGACCGACGAUCACACCGAGGACAAUGUGGGGCUGCGCUACGCCGAGCAGCACGAAACGAUUCAGAUGGCCUGCGACGUCGAUGCGGACAUAACCUCGAGUGUGUGGCUCAAGGAUGGCCAAAUGGUGCACGUAAUGGACAAAAAGUCACGAACCGAUGAUGUUAGAUUUGUGCGGGAGUCGCACGGGGGCAUCACGAUAUCGAACGUUAUGCUCGAGGAUGACGGGGUGUGGCAAUGCGAGGCGGAGAACGCGCGGGGUUUCUUCUUCAAUGGGCGGCCGAUCAAAUUGGUGGUGUUGGAUCCCCCCAAGGAACCGUACCUGCUGAUCGACCAGCGGAGGCUCGACGCGGGCAACAUGUUCAUCCCGGUGAAGGAAAACUCCGAGCUGACGUUGGCCUGCGUCAGUGAAGGCGGAAAUCCGAAGCCCUCGCUCAGCUGGGAGGUGCUGCUCAGUCCCGGAAUCGACCGACACGCACAAAAAAUCUCCAACGAUGUGCUGGAGCUGCAGGAGAUUAAGCGAGACAAGGAUAAGGAACCGUACAAAAUAAACACCGGUGCUAUUUCGGAAGCAAAACUUCCGGCCGUGUUCCGGGUGCAUCACAACGCCCGAAUCCUGUGCGUCAUGGAGCAUCCAACGCUCAAAAUGCGUCAAAACGCCUCGAUCCUGCUAGACGUUCAGUAUACGCCCUCGUUUGCCAUCACGCGGACGCCCGGUUUCGGCUACCCACUGCGGGAAGGCAUCGAAGUGUCGCUCAAAUGCGACGUCGACUCCAAUCCGCCAUCGACGCCGGUCUGGCAGAAGGACGACGGUGAAACUCCGGUGCCGCAGACGGGCGAUGGAUUCCUCAAUUUCAGCUCCAUCCGGCGGGAACAUUCGGGCUGGUACAAGUGCACCUCGCGCCAUCUCAAUUUCCAGUACUCGAGCAUCGGUUACUAUCUGAGCGUGCGGUAUGACUCCGUCGAUGUCACAUCGGAACCGGUCGAGCAGGAUUUACCGCUGUCGUCGUCUUCUUCGUCCUCGUCGGCCACUGCGGCGGCCGCUGGCCUCCAGAACGGUGCUAAUAAUUUCAAAGGUGGCCAAAUGGAAGUGGAACUCGGUGGCUCCGUCACGCUCCAGUGUCCGCAGGGUUCGCUCGGCUGUUGGUCCCAUUUGGAUCCGAUAACGGCGCGGCUCAAGGGGCUCGGCGUCGGUAUCAGCACGCCGACCGGCCAGUUUUCGCUGAAGGACGUCGUCUACCAGGACGCCGGCACGUACAAGUGUGUUGGCCAGAGUUCAACCAAUCGCAAAAAGCUCGAAGUACUGCAAACGGUUUCGAUUGCUGUUAAAGGUGCACCGACGGUGAUUGCUCGAAAUACAACACCGGUGGCUUAUCCGGGCUCUCCGCUGCAUCUGUCCGUGGAGUUCUGUGCCAAUCCGCCGGCGUACGCGGCUCGCUGGCUGCACGGAGAUCUGGUUUAUACGCCCGGCAAGAAGUACGGCGACGAUGUGCUGGCCUAUGGAUUCAUUGAUCUGCCGACGCCAUUCUGCAAGGAGGCACGUCUAACCUACGUGCACAUGCACGAGAAAGUUCCUCGUACGUUCUAUUUCAUCGUAUCAUCGCCAGGUGGCGUUGCGGAAGCGAUCUUCAACGUGAACUUUACGCUCAAGCACAAAGCCGGUGGUGGGUCGCUGCAGUCCACGUACUCGUCCUCGUCCUCAUCCUCGUCGUCCUCCUCGGGGCCGUUUGGGUCGUCAUCGCUCUCGUCAGCGUCGGCGUCCGGUUCCGGUGGUGGCGGCGGCAACGGUGGCCUCAGCAGCGGUGGCUCCGGCUACAAAAUCAACACCAACACUAUCAACAAUCUGCCCGGCAACAGUCUCGACGAGGACGAGGAGCUGAUGGAACCGGAAGAGAUUCAUUUUCCCAUCUUUGGCAACGGGGCAAACUGCCCGCUGUCCCUCAGUAAGCAUCACUCUACUCUUUAUCGUUGUUACUACUCCGUACUCCUACUAGCGUUGUUGACGUGUUUUAGAUAUGUUUUAUUAAAGUAUUAAUGAAAGCGUAAUUACACGAAAUUGGGCCGGGGUCGGAUAAACACGGUCGCCAUGUCGCGACUGCGGUGACGUGCGAAAUUGUUCCCCGGUGUGAAAUGUGUGAACUCGAGUCAAGUGUGUACGAGAUGGAAGAUGCGCGCGUGUGUGUGGGAGUUAGGGUGUUCCUCAGCCAACACGUUUUGUCUUAUAAAUGAUAUUACAUCGUGUGAAUUGGAACACCCUAACCGAGAAGUGCCACGGUAUGAACGAAGUCGAGACUGUAAUCGUGGGUGAAACCCCACUCAUCGUCCUAAACUUAUCCUCUCUCUAUCGUACCCUGUCCUGCCCUGCCGGGUGGGGGUGUUCGGUUUUAACACGUCGCUAACUAAGCCAUUAAAUUUCACAUUCAUAAGCUCGGCGGAAAAGCUUUUUGACAGGUGGAUUAGCAUGUAUUCACUUCCCGCAGGCCAACAACCGCACGAAGCAGUACCGAACCUGUGUAAACAAAGCCCGAACACCCCGAACCAUGCCUAUACUCGUUCCUCUAAAUGCUAAAUACUCGCUCAGAAACCACACUUCCAGACCCAACAACCAAGUAGUGUAACCUAACCACAGCCUUUGCGCACGCUGUAACUUGAAUCCCGCCAAAUGAAGAAUUAAUAUCUGCGCGAAGCAGCAAACCGUGAAAGCGUAAUUACAACACCACACAAUAAAUUUCGCCGCUUGCCACCCCUGUGGAAAGACUUACUCCCACCACCCCACCUUUUCCGCUUCUCAGUCAAACCACGACAAGACAUUCCGUUUGCUCCUAUCCCCACGCCUUCCAUUUCACCAUCUCAUCUAACUGCAUGUGGUAAAUCUUAUUUUAAUUAGUCGUCAGUCAGUCGGCGUGAAUUCAAAAGCUCCUUUAGCGUCGGCAGCAGGUUUUUGCGACAGUUUUGGAACUAGUUUUACCGUAACCUGUUUGGAAAAUGAUGUUUAUAAACUUCCUUGAAGAUAUUCCGUGUGUUCAGUACAACGUCCAACGUCUUUAUGUUGAUAAGACUGAAUAAAGCAUUCUGUGUAACACAUUUUAAUUCUUUGUUGUUUCCUGGAGGGUGUCCUGUACUCGUAAAGUCACACUCAUCUGGACAGUCGACCUUGUCCGCUGUAUUACACGUCGAUUUCCUUUCUCUUGGCGUAACUUUCCAACUGGGACUGAUUCUGCCACUCAGCUUAGGCUUCUAUGAGGAAUUUUAAAGUUAUUAACUGAGAGCUUCCUCUGCCAAUAACUAUUUUGCAUGUGUAUAUCGUAUUCUAUUACCAAGAAGUCAAGCAAAUUACCAUUACGAGAAGUGCCUGGACCGAUCAGGAUUCGAACCCGUCAUUCUCAGCAUAAUCACCAUACUGCAACGGCUAUGGGCCCUCUCCACAUCAUCUCGUAGCAUCCGAAUUUCUUGCCACCCAAUCUCUGCAGUGUUGCUUUUCGGAAAUUAUACAACAUGCAUUUCUUUUGGAGCUAAUAAGAUAUGACUUCCACUGCUCUUACGUUUCAGUUGUUGUAAGCAUUUGAGGUAGGUAGAGGAACUCCUCCACCACUUCGAAGAUAAUCUCGCGAAAACCAUUUGACCUUGACCAUUCUUGCUUGGUCCCAGACGAGGUCUGACCUAAGCACCAAGCAGCUGGUCUUCAGCCAACGGCUGCCUAUGGAGUGGGCACUCAAGGCCGUCUUAUGUCUCACGAGUCUUAGGACGUAGAUAGAAGUUCUACAGCAGAAAUUCUACUUACUGUGAAUUUUUCGGUAUUGGGCGGAGAACAACCCAUAUUGGCAAUCGAGGACGGCGUGGAGGCGGAGUGGGCGACAUGACUGAUCAAUGACUAGUCAGGAUCCUCAGCCGUAACGGAUGGUUAACCGCCUGGGAUCCGUUACUCGCCGGUUGGCCUGGGGUAGUCGACGAGCGUUGGUAGGAGCCAUCCAGCAAACGGGUUUAUCAACCGACGGCGUCGUUGCGGCGGGUUGGUGUAGUUGGAGAGGGUAACCAGGCUGGUCAAUGGCCGGUAGGGAUUCUCAUUGGUUCACCGUCAGGGAUCCGAAACUCACCGGGUGCCCUUGCUGUAUUAGACAAACCUUGAAAGGACUUGAUCCCGCCAAGGUUUUCUUAAGACGGUGACACUGGAUGGGUAGGGCGCCGUCAGCAUUAUUGAAACGAGGUUGGCUUUCGUGGUGGAAUGUUCCCGAGUGUACUGCGUUUGGUGGACACUACUGACGGUAGCCCGAAGGAAGCCAGAAUAUCGGGCCACUUAACUGCAGUGACUGCAGUGACAAUUUCCUCUGUAAUUGCCAGAGUGGAAGAACCUCCGAGACAUUCUUUUUCGGGACUACGGCCGGGUUGUUGUCUUCCGUUUCGUAAAAGUACCAAGGACAUGUCAAACCCACAUGUGAAGUGACGUAAUAAUCGGUUUUGCUCUAAAGCCUGUAUCCGCAAUAAUCGGGACACAGAAGCACGUCAGUAGCUCUGUAAUGAAUCGAUAAAAUUGGCCAAAUAAUUGACUGAGAACUCUUUGAUGUAUGGUUAUUAUUUGUGCCAAAUUUCAUAAAAAUCGAUGCUAUACUUUUAACUGUGGAUGAAAAACAAACAGACGUGGUUUUAAGCAUUUUGAACAAUGAGUGUAGAAUUAGCGACUAGUUAAAAUACACAUAAAUAAAAACAAAAAAAAACAUUUUGUACAAUCAUUGUUGGCACAGCUCCGUACCACUUUGCGACGGCGCAACCAGGGCGCAGCAUGCGGUCCACACAGGACAAGACAACACCCGUGGAUGGAUGAACAGUGCGCUUAGCAUAGAUGUCAGCAGGUAUGUUGGGAGAGUGAGAGGAAAGUAGAAGUAAAUAAAAACAUUAAAAAGAUAAGUGGAUGGACAAAAUGGUUUGAUAGCAAACAGAAACGGUAUAGUUCAAGCUAGGAAAGUUAAAGUACGUUUCAAUUUGAGAAUCAGUUCGUUAUUUUACAAAAGAAUCUAAUCGGGUAGCUAAUAGCACUGAGAAGGAUAAAUCGUGGUAGUUUUGUGAUUCUGAUUAGUGAAGGUGAGCAGUAUAUAACAAAUUUUGUGUAUUUAUUAUUUGCAAUUGUUCGCUAUUCGUCUGUAGGAUCCUAGUGAGCCGAACCCGCGACAGAAACCCGCCGUUCAGGUCCAGAGAAAUAAGAAAGACCAUUAAAUGUAAGUAGUCAUAAUUACUGAUGUGAAACGGCAAAAGAAAUGAUAAUGGUAAGUGUUUGUAUAUUUUGUUAUCGUUUAUAAUAAACAGUUUCAAGCUGCCAUAACUAAAGUGCUGCUGUGGAAAUUUGGUUUCAAUUAGGGUGGUCCGAUUUCGAACAAUCAUGAUCAAUUUUUAUUCGUAUACAAGAUGGUUCUUUAACGCUACAGCUCAAAGUUCUGUGAUGAUUAUUAUGAAAUUUUGUUAGCAGUUAUGAAACUUAUAGAGACACUUUCUUGCAAAAUUUCAUCAACUUUGAUCAAUUGGUUUGAAAGCUAUUGGUGUUGAUAGGGAUGAGUGGUAGCGAAAAUUUUUCGUGUUUUCAUGUGCGAUUUUUGCCUAUUCAUAACUUUUGAAUUUCUCUGCCAAUUUUCAUGAAAUUUCCACAGAAGCUUGUUGGUAUAGUACUUUCAAUAGUACAAUCGAAACAAUUAAGGGUGCUGACUAAUUGCUGUCUGAGGGGCUAAAGUCACGUUCAGUCCCAAUAGGGCU